AUGGAGACCUGGCGGAAAGGCUCCUUCCGCAACGCCUCCUUCUUCAAGCGGCUGAGCCUGGGGCGGCCGAGACGACUCCAGCGACAGGGCAGCGUGCUCAGCCAGGCCAGCACGGCUGGCGGGGAUCACGAGGAGUACAGCAACCGAGAGGUCAUCCGGGAGCUUCGAGGGAGGCCAGAUGGACGGCGCCUGCCUCUGUGGGGGGACGAGCAGCCCCGGGCCACCCUGCUGGCCCCACCCAAGCCUCCUCGCCUGUACCGAGAGAGCUCCAGCUGCCCCAACAUCCUGGAGCCCCCACCUGCCUACACUGCUGCCUACACGGCUACCCUGCCCUCGGCGCUCUCCCUGGCGGGCACCCUCCACCACUACUCUGAAGAGGACCUUUUGGACACUCCCCCCUUCCAGAAGACACCUGCCCCAGAACUGAAUGAUCCCUUCUUCUCCUUCAAAGUGGACCUGGGGAUUUCACUUCUUGAGGAAGUUCUACAGAUGCUGAGGGAGCAAUUUCCCAAUGAACUUAGCUUCUGA